UACCUACCUUAGCCUUAUUCUUCUACCUACCUUAUGGAGGUAGAAGAAUUCUUGAUUGUUAACGAUACUGCCACUGCAGCCUCUCCUACGUAUAAACGAACGUAUCGGUUGCCACAACGCCCUCUCGGGACCACAGCCUACGAAGCCAGAACCCGAAGCGGUCUCCACAGCCCAUCAUGGCCGAUAACUACGCCGCACCAAAUCAGCAGCGCUUCCUCCGUGCUUGCAUGGUUUGCUCCAUUGUCAUGACAACUGCACGAUUCCGAGAAGAAGGCUGCCCGAAUUGCGAAGAGUUCCUCCACCUCGCAGGCUCACCCGACCAAAUCGAGAGCUGUACCUCCCAGGUAUUCGAAGGUCUGAUCACUCUCGUCGACCCAUCGCGAUCAUGGGUCGCAAAGUGGCAGCGGCUAGACGGGUACGUCAGGGGAGUCUACGCGACCAAGGUGUCUGGGCAGCUGCCGGACGAGAUACGAACUGCCCUUGAGGAGGAAUCGGGAGUGAGAUAUAUCCCGAGGGAUGGUAGCGAACAGGAAGAGGGUGCAUAGAGAGGACGACAUAGAGAGGACGACAUAGAGAGGACGAUAUCCGGUUGAUUACGCUGCUUUUUUUUUUUUCUUUUUCACCAGGGCGUUGGGGGAUGUACCCGUGCACAAAGCGAGGGCGUCGAGGACAAGGCGCAAUGAUAAAUUCGUAGGAAUCUUGCAAAAUGGUAUCUAUCAUGCUCACCAUGUUCGUUUUGACAUUGCCUUCUGUCCACGCCCAAAGGAGAAAAAAAAGGAACGCCCGCAGCCUAAAAAGUUAUGCUACAAAAACCAAUGUUACACCUACCGAUCAGGUCUUCUGCUUCUUCCAGGAAGGUG